AGGUUGGUGAUACGAGUUAUGGUGAGGGCCAGUCUUUGCACCUGAUAACAACAGCAACAGCAUCAUCAUCAUCAUCAGCAGCAUCAUCUUCCAUACCAACGUCACCGAUAAGCUUUGUUGGAGAGACAUGCGAGGGGGCAACACAGGGAUGGCUAAUGACCCCACCACCGUGCUUCACACGAUCGCAGGCAGCCCCCCUAGCCACCUCUCCUUUAGAAAAUCUGCUUAUAGAACACCCCAGCAUGUCUGUCUACCUGCCACGCCCCACUUACACCAGCGCAGCCAUCGCAAGAAUAUUUCCUCGUCGCAUCAUGUCUCAUUCCUCCCCAUAUUCCCGUUCUUCCCCUUCAGCUUCACCCUCCUCCCAGCCAACCCCUGAUGAUAAUGAGGAUACCCCCAUGAAAGAAGAUGCUGGUAGUGAGGGUGGCAGCCAGGUAGUAGAGAUCCCAGCAAGUCGAUCAAGUGUGACCCAGAGAGCAUCUACCCUCCUUCAAGCUAUUGAUGUGCUCAGGCCAGCACAGAAGGCCCAGCGUCGCCGGGAGGAACGACGCCUGAAGCGCAAGCCCCUAGAACGUAGUAAUAAAGCACGGGAGGUGGCUGCAGCUGGCAAUAAACGUGCUAAGCGAAACGAUAUGAUGGUGCCUGGAAAAUUCUCUCGUGCAGUGAACAAUCGCAAGUGCUAAAACUGACAGGCUGUUUAAAGGGGUAAAGGAUAUGUUCUACGAAUUACCAUUAUAAGAUAUGUACUGGACUAUGAAAUACUGUGCUGUAAUAAGAUAUAUACAUACUAUGAUAUACUGUAACAACAUAUGUAUUAUAAAACACUGUAACAAGAUAUGUACCAUGAAGUCCUAUAAAAAGAUAUGUACUAUGAAAUACUGUAACAAGACAUGUACUAUAAAGUACUGUAAUAUAUUUUAUAGAGUACUGUAAUAUGUUGUAUGAAGUAUAGAUAAUGGGUGUUUUAUGAAGAACAUUCAAGUACAGUACUGUAUAUUAAUUUAUUCAUCACAAUGGCUAUUUAAAGUGACCAGCUUGUAGGCACUUUGCCCAGUCUUCUUGAUUAAGGAGAAUCUAUUGAUAUUUAUGCUGGCAAAGAAUAGUCAUAUAUUUUUUUUUUUUCAACAAGUCGGCUGUCUCCCACUGUGUGUGGUUGACAUGCAACAUUACUACAAAAACUGAAAUAUUGAUGAUUUGAUUAUUAGUAAGGUCAUUAAAUGGCAUGCCAUGCUCAAAAUGCAGAACAACUUUUACCCCUUCUUUGAAUAAUUCUUAUAUUCAGUUAUUGGUACAGUGUACAGUAGUAAUUCUUUUUAUCUUUAACCCUUAAACUGUCCAAACAGAUUUACAUUCACAUGCGUAGUGCUCCAAAAGUAGAUCUUCGUUUUUUUACAUAUUUUCAAAUAUAACAAAAAAAAAACGUACAUCAGUUUUUUUACACGUUUUCAAAUGUAAAAAAAAAAAAUCUACGUUUUUUACAUACUUUCAAACGUUGAAAAAACGUAGAUCUACGGUUGGACAGUUUAAGGGUUAAUUAUCAUAUUAUUUUUUUUUUUAAUUACAACAAAAAUUUAAAAGCUUCAUGCAAGAUGAUAAUGUUAUAUCAGGUGUCCCUUGUUUUGUGUAGGUUCAUAGUGUCUGAGUUUACUAUUAGAUGGUCCCAUUUUUACCACUAAUUCCAUGCAUGCACAAUACAGUUACAAUAUGCAAUCAUUAUGAUUCACAAUAUAUUAAAGAUCUUCAUUAUGUAUAAUUAUUGUUUUGUAUCUUUUAAUAACUACUGUAUUGUGAGUCUUAUAUGCUGCAAAAUACGGUAAUUAUGAGUAUUUUAAUUAUAACUGUUGUAAGUUCUAGAAAUAGUUUUUAUUUUCAUUGAUGGCUGGAUUGAACUUGGUACGGCAACCAUGGUCCUGGAACACACACAAUGCAUAAAGCCAGGGACACCUGUACUCCGAUGUUUUUUAUAGCCUGUACUCUGAAGAGAAGUUUCAUACAAGGCCAGUGUUUUUUUCUUGGAAUGAACUUUUUAAAGAUUGUUCAAUAAAGCACAAAAAUACAAGGCUAUAUAUGGUACUCCACUGAUUUUAUAUAGAAGGGGUGUUUAGGCCUGUUUUUUGCUGUUUUGUUCAAUAAAUGUGAUUAUGUUUAUCCCAGGCAAAACACUGUCUACAACAAAAGCUUAGUUUUGUGUGCUCUUCUUUGUCCAUCUUUGUCAACAGUCCUUACCAUAUGUCUGGUUCUAAUCUGUUGUCUUUGAACACCUCUUAGUAUUUCAGAUUUGAAUCUCCUUAUGCCAGUUAUUUAAAUGUAAUGUACAUGUACACUUGAAUUUGUUUGGAUAAAACAGCAUACAAAAGUGUAUUUAAAUAAUAUUCUUUUAAUACACAACUUGGGCUAGUUAGGUUUACCGUGAAAUGCCUUUAUUUAUGUCUUCAGUGUUCUGGGCAUACAGCAUUAAUUCUCAUCUAAUGUCACAAGUUAGAUAGUCCAGGUCUUUAUUUGAUUUGUAGGUGAACUUUUGUUUUUCAGAUACUAAAGUGAGAAACUUAGGAUUAAGGAAAAAUAUAUUAAAAAGUAUAAAAUGAAAAAAUGUAUAUAUAAAAAGUCUUUCAUAACUGUGUGAGUGUAGUACUGUUCCAUGUGUGUAUGAUUGUAUACAUGACAUGAAUUGUGUUUGGUAGAAAAGAAGAGACCCAUACAGUGUAGUAGUUAUCCACAGUCACCAGAGCGCUAUUGCCAUUCUGUAUUGUCCUGAGAACCACUCGCACUGCCACAACUGGAUGUGUAAGGGUACCCAAAUAGUAGAGUUAAUAUAUUUAGCUGUUAAGAUUAGUAUCAUUUCAUUUUAAUGAUAGCUAAGGCAAUAUUUAAUGUACAUAAAAUGAGCCUGUUGGUUUUAUGAUGUAAAAGAUCUCACGAGUGUAAUAAUGAUAUUGACCUAGUCUGUAGGUGCUCUGAUGUAUGUGAAAUGUAAAUUAGAGGAUACUUGUUGUAAAUUGUAUGUAUUCUCAGUGGCCACACCUUCCAUUGUAUUUUACAAUACAAAUAAUGCAUUAUAUAUUAAUGUAUGUAUUAUCACUGUGUACAGUAUACUAAAUACUGACUUAUUGAGGAAAAUCUGUACAAAAUAAUGUUACUUGAAGCUGUAUUUUAGAGACUGACAAGCUGUACUCAUGGAAAGACACACACAGCUCAGGGAAUCUGUAGUGUUAUAUUGUGUCACAUCACAACUCUUCUCCACUUACAGAGAGUGCAGUGCCACUCAUGUCUUCAUCAUUCCAGUAUCAUAUGUGAAGCCUCAUAUAGGCAAUGUCAGAAAUCUGAAUUUAUUGACAUGUAAAAAGCAUCGUCAUUUUUAUCCAGAAAGAAAAGUGACUGAAUUGCAAAUGUGCAUCUUCCAUUCAUUGAGUUGAAUCACCACUAACUGCUGUGUUAUGAUGAACUAACCACAUGGCUCCCUAAAAAAAAUACCUUAGGCUGGAAAUUUUUUUUUUUUUUUGAAGGCACAAAGUAUAUCUUUUUCAUUUGUAAGUAAUACUGUAAUGUAAUUUAAUCUGUACUUCAUUUGAUGUAUAGAUAAGCUUAGUGUAAAUACUGUAUAGUAUUUUCCACUCAUUGUAAAUUCUUUUAUUUAUUUUUGUGUUUUAAAACAAAACACAUCUCCAACUUUUGCAUCCUUUGUCAUCAGAGGUCUGAUUAUAUAGUAUGAUUCAGAUAAAAUGUGAUUUUUUUUU